AUGCUUGUGGUUGAUACUUCCCAUCCCCCGGAGAAGAGGUUAGCUUGGUUCUCUGAGCGGUUGAGGAUGGACUUGAAGUUGUCACCGUAUGAAGAUAUUUGUGAAGUUGACAUGCUGUUUUUCCCAAUUCUACGGCGUGGUCACUACUUCUUGUUGUGCCUUGAUUUCCCCCGGUUUCGUUAUGAGAUUAUUGACAAUGAUUCUAAUCCUAAAGCAAAGGCGUUGAAAUAUGGCGAUUGUAUUGAGGAUUUGCUAGGGAUGCUAUCUAAAUUCUUUGAAGUUAUUUCUCCUCCGCGAUCUACUGCGUGUGUUUGUGUGGAGUCAAAACGGUUGCAAAUGCCUUGGCGGGAUUCAAAGAAUAAGGUUGAUUGUGGUGUUUUUCUCAUGCGGCAUAUGGAAUCGUAUGUUGGCCAACGUGUUCGUGAUUGGGAGUGUGGUCUAUUGAAGGGGGAUACCCAUUCGUUGCACAAGCUUAGGCUGCGUUACAUGUCAGAGAUUGUGAUUUCAGUUCAUAAUGUGCACAGGCAGAUCAAUCUUUCUUGGGCGUACCAGUCCAUAUCUGCUCCUCUUCCACCUGUGUAG